AUUUAAUUAGUGAUCGUGAAUAUACACGAAGUAACAGACGGAAGUAAAUCAUUAAAACUGUGUGACGCUUUAGAAAUGUAUAUAACACAUUAAAAAUUGACCUUAUGUUUUGAAUACAGUGUAUUUAAAUACAGUACGUAUGAUACUUGUAUGUAUUUCGACAUAAAUGGGUCUGUACACAAAAGAAUGCGACCCUAUUGGAAAUGUGCCUCACACACUUUGCAAUUGUUCCAGACAUAUUCAAAGAAGAAGAUCACAGCGAGCCAGGUUGCAAGAACGUGUUGUAUUUAAAUCGGGUGACUUGAACAUUGACAAUUCAGGUGAAAAAAAAUUUCGACUGUUCAAUGACAUAGUCAAAGUUUUUAUAGAAGCACGCUGGAGAUGGACAAUUCUAUAUUGCGUUAUAGCUUGUGUAUUAACUUGGUUCGUGUUUGCUGCCAUCUGGUGGAUACUUCUUUACAUUCAUGGUGAUCUGGAGAGUGAUCAUUUGCCUCAUGCCUCAAAUUUAACAGAAUGGAAACCUUGCGUAAGAGAAAUUUAUAACUUUACGUCCAUAUUCUUAUUUAGCAUAGAAGUCCAAACGAGCAUAGGUUAUGGCUCAAGAGCAAUCACCCUGGAAUGCCCUGAAGCAAUGUUCACAAUGUGUAUUGAAAGCAUAACAGGAAAAAUAAUACAGUCACUUAUUAUUGGCAUAGUAUUUGCUAAGUUAACGAAACCAAAAAAUCGCGCGCAGACUUUGAUGUUUUCAAAAUACGCUAUCAUUAACCAAAGAGAUGGAAACCUCUGCAUGAUGUUCAGAGUCGGUAAUACGAGGAAAUCGCGAAUCAUAGCUUCAAAUAUCAAUGCUUAUCUGAUAAAAUAUGUAGCUGAUGGCAUUGACCUACUAAAUUACCAUCAGAUAAAGUUGGACCUAAAAGUUGACGCAUCCGAUGACGUAUUGUUCAUAUUUCCCCUAACUGCCGUGCAUAAAAUAGACAAACGAAGUCCAUUCUUCAACGUUUCAGCUAAGGAAUUACUAAAAUGUAAUGUAGAAAUACUUGUCGUGUUUGAAGGAACAAUUGAGUCAACAGGCCAACCGGUUCAAACUAAAUCAAGUUACAUUACGAAUGAAAUACUUUGGGGAAGACGGUAUUUAGAACCUUAUUAUUACAAAAAAAGUAAACAGGGAUUUGUGAUAGAUUUCUCAAAAUUUGACGAAACAUAUCGCGUCAAUACUCCUCUGUGCACCGCUAAGGAACUUUUUACAUAUUAUGAAAAUAGGUCAUUGAGAAGACUUCAUUAAAAUAAAAGAGACAUAUAUCUGCAUGUAAUCUUUAAUAAUCAACUAUCGGUUUACAGAAUGUUGUUCUAGGUAUGGAUGUAAAAUCAUGUUAAUUUUGCGUAGUUCCAUUAAGUCUUUGUAAAUUAUUCUCUGAACAGCCAUUUGUAGAUCCAAUGCAGCAAGUCUUAUUUUAAUUUUCCUUAAUAAAUUUUCACACGAAUGAACAUCUUUUUCGAACUUUGCUAGUUUUGUUUUGGUAAUAUUAUAUUGUUCGAGAAUGAAUUCAUUUAUAUUUGUCAUAAUACAAGUGUCACCACUCACCGAUUAAUUUUUAUAUCACAAUGCAGUUAUUGUCUAUUUAUUUGUAAAAAAAAUGUGAUAUUUUCUGCGAUAACUGAUAAACUACAUACCUACGAUAAUAAUAGUGACGAAUGUUGUAUUUAUUUAUCAUUCAUUUUAUCGUGCGUUAAGAUGUUUGUAUAGUAGUUUUCGCAUGUUUAGUCUACAUAAAACAUUUAUUUAGACAAUUUGUACUAGCAAAGUGUACUUUUUUAGGAAAGUAGAAAAAGCUAGCAAAUUAAAUACCAAAAACACUGGAAACAGUACAUACUCUAAACUUUAAACCAUUACAUUCCACAUUUUAAUGCAAUAAACUUACGUACAGUUUACUUAUAUUUAAUGAUGGUAUCAUCAAGACCAUUCUACCUUCUGCACCAACCAAGAAACUCUAAACAAAAUGCAUAAAGUACCACACAAAAGUGUAAAGUAUAGGAACAAUUUAUGAAUACUGCGGAUAUUGUUAUAUGCCGGUGACAUAUACAUAACAUGGCAUGUGGAAAAAGCUGCUAUACUGUUUACUGCUAUCCUUUCGUCUGUCUGAGCGAAAUGUAACGCUUUUUUUGUUUUAUAAUUUGAUGCUGUUU